CUCAGAGCUCUCAGUGUCAGUCCCACCUCACUGCCUGAAGAGCCUACUCGCUCCACACAGCUUGGAUUACAGCUAAGGGAAUAUUAUACGCCUGGUCCGGCGGAGACACAUUCACUCACUGAGGACACACACACACUCUCAGGAUCAACAUGGGGAGUAGCAUGUCAUGCGUUCCUCAGCACAACUUCAGAUUCUCCAGCAAGAGCUUUAUCCGCAGAAACAGCAGCCGACUCUUCCGGAAAAAGAAUCCGCAGGAGGGGCAGGAAAAGUCCAACAGCAUCAUCAACAUUCUCUGCACCGUCACGCCAAGGAAGGAAAUGUCACCAAAAGACCUUCAGGCCAUAGAGAAUAUUAAAUGGGACCCUCCGUUCCCCUACGACCCGGCCAACGGCUGGAAGAAGAGCAGCAUCAACGUAAAGAACUACGGCAGGAUGAUCCACAGCUCUAGAGUGCGCUUCCGAUUCGUCCACUGCCAGGAUGUACACGACUGCUAUCUGGACCUGUUCCAAACGCAUCUUCAUUUCGUCUCCAACAACACCACUGGCCUCACAUACCAGGGCACACUUCCUCUGAAAGAGCUCACACUUUCCAAGGUGAAAAACAGGAACAGCUGUGGAGAUUCUCAGGACUUUGCAUUCCAAAUAAAUGGUGUCAGCUUGAACCCCAUCAUCGUCUACUGCUCAAGCCAGGAGGACAUGGACAACUGGUUCGGUCUCCUGAAGGAACAUAUCGGGGCCAACGGAGGCAAUGCGAUUGCACCAGAGACCUACAGCAGGAUUAAGGUCCACAAAAUAGAGCAGAACACAGAGGGAAAAGAGGAGCUAAGGAACUCCAUCAGCAAAGAGCCCAUCUAUGAGUGGGAGGGCUCCCAGCGAGAGAGCCUGGGCCCAAUCACCUAUGUCACCAAAGUCCGGCUACAGCAUCUGCCCUGUCAGGAGCAGUAUGACAGACUGCUGGUGAUGUAUCCUAACAAUCUUAUUAUCCUGUCUGAAGAGAACGACGGCCUCUUCUACAAGGGCAAACUUCCUCUCAACAUGAUAACAGUCACCACCCCGUGCCAGGACAUCAAGCCCAACACCUUUAUGAUCGAGGGCAAGCUGAUCAACCCCAUCGUUGUGUCAUGCCCAAACACGAGCGAGUUCCGCGAAUGGAUCCAGCACUUCAAAUGUGCAGAUGUUCCCAUCCUCAGCCCCCCUCCUCCAGUCUAUGACAUCAUCUACACUCCGACUCAGAGACAGGCUCCAGAGAUAGAUGUGAGAUGGAGCAGCGGCAGCCGCGGGGGCGCCGACCCACUGCAGCAGUCCCAUGGCGGGCGUGGAUCUCGUGAGCUGCAGUUACCCCGGGGCGAUGACAACCCCCUUUCCCCUGGUUACACCGAGCCCCUCUGUUACAUCUCCAGCAGGCCCACCUCCGCUGACACACAGUACUCCAUGCGACUGGGCAGCAGGAGCAACAGCAUGUCGUCCCAAACGAGACCCACGACCGAGCUCAUGUCUCUGCGCUACUCGUCCCCUCAGCGCUCCUCCAUCCUGUCCAACAACGAGCUAAAGUCUCCAAUCUACACCACUCCCUACAGCAUGAUGAACCACAACACCCCCGUACAGCGCAUCGAGAAGGCCCCACUCAUCAAGUCCAACAGCUGGAGCACCCCUCCGAGCUCCAUAAAGUACCAGCUCUCCAAUCCCCACCGGCACUCGGAAAUGCUGGCCCCCCGCAAGCCCCUCUCGCCCCUGUACGACGACCCCAGCACCCCCGGGAUGUACCCGCUGGAGGAGGGCUCAGCGAAGGCAUCGCACUCCUCGAGGAUCUCCAUGGAGCCUCACCAUCCUGGACUCCUCCCGGCCUCCUUCCGUCUCUGCACUCCUCCACCAGGCCGCAGGAACAGGCCCACCCAGCACCAGGAGCCUGAAAAUAACAGCACAGAUUGGGCCCUGGAGCAGCGUGCCCAGGCCGUGUCCAGACUGAAGCUCCUGCCCGCCCCCAACACAGCACCCCAGCACAACCACAUAGCACAGAGAGCGUUCUCAGGCUUGUCUGCAGCAGAGACGCGAGCCAUGCCCUACAGUCACUCGCCAGAUGAUAACUCCUACCUCCAACCAGUUGAGCCGGACGACCAGGAAAUAGACUAUGACAACAUUUGGGAGUAUGACUGCAGUAACGGGAUGAUUCAAGGCCUGCCAGGAAUUUCGCCACACCGGACGCAGCCUGACUUCGCUGCUCGAGGCCUCAGCGCUGUAGCAACACAGCAGAGAUGGUCAUAAAGGGGAACAAUGGGCUUCCACCCGCCUGGACUUGUGCACAUAACAGGAUAAUCUGUGCCUUACUGUGCUCUCUAUCUCUCUCUCUCUCUCUCUCUCUCUCUCUCUCACACACACACACACUCUCCCUCUCUCUCUCUCUCUCUCUCUCUCUCUCUCUCUCUCUCUGUCUCUCUCAUAUACACACUGCUAUUGAAAAAGGGCUUUACAUGAGGCCCAGUUUCCCUACUGUAUCUAAAUGAUCUCCCAGGGAAAAAUGUCCUUACUGGGUCAGACUGGGCCUUCUCUUGUACGCACUGGGUAACUCACUGGGAUUUUUGUUUUGUUAUUUCAUUUUUCAAUGAUGCUUCAUUUAAUAAUAUUAUUAUUAUUAUUAUUAUUAUUAUUAUUAUUAUUAUUAUUAUUAUUAUUAUUAUUAUUAUUAUUAUUAUUAUUAUCAGUGAACACUGUACAAAUAAUUGUAUUUAUUUUUAAAUAUAACUUAAGCCUUAAGCCUUAAAUGUAUACACCAAUUUCUCUUUCCUAGUGGUGCAUGGCUUGGCUGGAUGUACAAUUCUCAAAAAAUAAUAAAUAAGGAUGUAGUUUUUGUACAAAAAAAAGAGAGAAAUGCAUUUUUCUUUUACACACCACUCCUCAUCCAGUUUGUUAGAUGUAGCAUUUGUGCUUAUGAACCUUUAAAUAUAUAUAGAAAAAAAAGCUGUUGAAGAAAUGAGGACUCUUUUUUAACACUACGAUUUGUACUUUUCUAAUUGUGUAUAUAAUGUAAAUAGUAAUUUUUAUUGACCGCCUAAAAUAUUUUGUGAUUUUUUUUUUGCACUGUUGUUUCUACUGUUACUUUUAAUUCAUAUUUUUAUUAUUUAUAUUUUGCCUGUUCAGUCCCACGUGGACGUGAAUGCUGUUCACUGAUGAUCCAUUCCAGCAACAAAGCAACAAGAGUGUUAUUUACAGUUUGCGAGAAAUUACUGUUUGUACAAAAGCAGGUUUGGGUUUAAACAUAUCAGACAUGCACAGACUCUGCAGUAAUGUAGAAAUGUUUGCUGUAUUCCUUCAGUUUAGUUUGAUGUGAAAUUCAUUGUUGGAAAUAAACAAAAAAUAAAUACAA